ACUCCAUUCUUUCACAAUUACACCCAAAUCCAAUCUUUCUCUUCUUCUUCUGCAAACUGAAUAUUCCUCUUCCCAUACACACAUUUCUCUCUAGGCCUCCUCUAUUCUUUUUCCAUCGUUUUCCUCCUCUGUUCCUUCUUGUGCGAUUCGCAGAUUUCGUUUCCGUUUUGAUUUCGAGAUUGAGAACUCCGCCGCGGGAAAAUUGAAGCAAAGAAGGGGAAAAGAUUUGAUCUUUGAAUCAAGGGGUUUGUGGCGGGUGCCAGGAUGAGGCUUGACGGAGAAAUCUCAAGCGGAGAAGAAGAAGAGAAACAAGCCGGAACGACCCCGUUUUCGGGGCAGAAGGUGGUGGUUGGUUACGCCUUAACGUCGAAGAAGAAGAAGAGCUUUCUUCAACCAAGCUUCACUGCCCUUGCACGGAACAAGGGGAUAUACUUUGUCGCCAUUGAUCUAAACAAGCCAUUACCCGAACAAGGUCCUUUUGAUAUUAUCUUGCACAAGAUGUCAGGGGAGGACUGGCGUGAGAUUAUUGAGGAUUAUAGGCAAAAACAUCCAGAGGUAGCAGUCCUUGACCCUCCGGAUGCAAUUGAACAUUUACACAACCGCCAAUCCAUGCUGCAAGAUGUGGUGGAUCUAAACUUAUCUGACUGCCAUGGUAAGAUUGGCAUUCCACGUCAGUUAGUUAUUACAAAAGAGAAAGACCCAUCUACUAUCCCUUAUGAAGUCGCUAAAGCAGAGAUGAAGUUGCCAUUAGUUGCAAAACCACUAGUUGUGGAUGGCAGUGCAAAGUCACAUGAACUAUUUCUUGCUUAUGAUGAAUUCUCUCUUUCAGAGCUUGAACCUCCACUGGUUCUACAAGAGUUUGUUAAUCAUGGUGGUCUUCUCUUUAAGAUUUAUAUUGUUGGGGAAACCAUAAAGGUUGUGAAGCGUUUCUCUCUUCCUAAUAUCAGUAAACUGGAGCUAUCAAAAGUUGCAGGUGUAUUCCGUUUCCCAAGAGUUUCAUGUGCGGCAGCUUCCGCAGAUGACACCGAUCUAGAUCCUAAUGUUGCCGAACAUCCACCAAGACCUUUGUUGGAGAGGCUUGCGAGUGAGCUCCGCCAUAGAUUGGGACUCCGCAUGUUCAACAUAGAUAUGAUUCGGGAAUAUGGAACCAAGGAUGUGUUUUACGUCAUUGAUAUCAACUACUUUCCUGGUUAUGGAAAAAUGCCAGGCUAUGAGCACGUAUUUACCGAUUUUCUACUUAGCCUAGUGCAGAACAAGUGUAAUAAGAGACUUCCUACUUAAAAUAAAAGGAAAGUUAGUGGAUCCAUUGAGCAGGUUCUGGCUUUCUUGAAAAUUUAUACCCCUUACAAUGUCAAUGAUGAACCCACCAAAAUGUUCUAAAUGGUUGAAAGAUGGCUCUCUCCAAUCUCUCAUUGUCUCACUCUUGUAAGUUACAUAUAUAUAUAUAUAUAUAUAUGCUCCCUCAUCCAUUAAUGCAAAUUUUGGCGAUGCUAAAUAACUACAAAGAUCUAAAUAUCUUUUGUAGAAAUUCCGAAUGGCUUGAAU